AUGCGCCCCCGCACCCUCCUCCUAACCAUAGACGCAUUCAACACAAUCUUUCAUCCGCGCCACCCCAUUCCCGAACAGUACAUAUCCGCCUUUAACUCCUUCAAACUUCAACAAUCUCCUGAGCUCACACCAUCCAUCCUUCAACCAACCUUCAAAUCCGCUUACAAAGCGCAAUCCCGCCACCGACCGAACUAUGGCCGCGCGGAUGCCAUCCGCGGCCAAUACGGCGGACCAAGGCAGUGGUGGGAGGAGCUCAUACGCACCACGUUCCAACAGGUCUUAGCAGAUAAAUCUACAAAAUUACCAGAUGAGCUAAUCCAGGGUUUACUGGAUCGCUUCGCAAGCUCGCAAGGCUACGCGCUCUACAACGACGCGGGCGAUUUAUUCCAACGCCUCAGGCAAAUCAAAACCACCGGUCAGAAACUGGGUGUCUUUGAGAGGAUAGUUGUGGGAGUCCUCUCCAACUCAGAUGAUAGGGUGCCUGCUGUGCUCCAGUCAUUGGGGCUGAGUGUAGGGAAGGGAAGAGCGGAUCAGGAAAUCGAGAGUUUGAAAUUACCGGGUUUCGAGGAUCCUUCUAGUAUUUCCACUAGUGAGUAUGGAGAAAAGGUUGAUGAUAUUGAUCUCGUGAUCACGAGUUAUCAGGCUGGAGAGGAGAAGCCUAGUCCGGUGAUCUUUGACGUGGCUGAGCGGCAGGCGAAGAGGCUGGUAGGGGCUGGUGAGGAGGAUGGUGAUUGGGUGCGUGUUCAUGUGGGCGAUGAUUAUGACAAGGAUUAUCGUGCUGCUGUUGAUGCGGGGUGGAAGGGAGUUUAUGUUCCCCGAGAUGAAGGUGGGGGGAAGGAGGGGGUGGUGAUUCGGUCGUUGGUGGAUUUGAUUCCGAUCUUGGAGGGGAUGAAAUAG